AUGGGGGGGGCCGUCGUCGGGGAGUCCAAGAAGCAGGGCUCCGCGAGGCGAGCCACGCUGGACGCCGUUGCCGGGAGCAUCGCGGGAUGCAUCUCCCGCUUCGUGGUUGGGCCGCUGGACGUCAUCAAGAUCCGUCUCCAGGUGCAGCUGGAGGCGAGCACCAACACGCACAGGCACUACACGGGCAUCACGCAAGCAGUGCGCACCAUCGUCAGGGAGGAAGGCAUCUCGGGGCUGUGGCGCGGCACCGUCCCGGGCCAGCUGCUGACGAUUCCGUACACGGCGGUGCAGUUCGUGACCCUGCAGCACACGCGCAAGCUGGCGCGCGCGUCCGGGUACGGCGAGACACCGUCGGUGGCGUUCAUCACCGGCGGGCUGGCAGGGAUGGCCGGGACGGCCGCGAGCUACCCGUUCGACCUGCUUCGGACGACGCUCGCGGCGCAGGGCGAGCCCCGCGUGUACAACGGGCUCCUGGACGCCGGGCGCGGGAUCAUCCGCGACCACGGGUGGGCGGGCAUCUACCGCGGCAUGGGCAUCACGCUCCUUGAGAUCGUGCCGUACUCGGCGCUGCAGUUCGGACUGUACGACGUGCUCAACCGGGCCGCGCAGAACUUCGAGAUGGCCAAGGUCGACAAGAGCGGUCCGACGACGGGGGUGUCGAAGGGCAAGCCGGUGGUGCAGUUCCUGUGCGGGCUGGCGGCGGGGGUGUGUUCGAAGGUGGUGACACACCCCCUGGACGUGGUCAAGAAGCGGUACCAGGUGGCGGGGCUGCGGCGGUCGCUGCGGUACGGCGCGCGCGUCAGCGACGACCUCGCGCACUGGACGGCGAUGCACGUGGCGCGGGACAUCGCGGCGAAGGAGGGGGUGCAAGGGUUCUUCAAGGGGGUGCUGCCCAGCGUGAUCAAGGCGGCGCCGUCGGCCGCGGUGACGCUCGCGUGCUACGAGUGGGUCAUCCGGUCCAUGGCGGACACGUACGGCGACGACAAAAAGCCCGGGAAGUGA